AUGUCGUUCGGUGGAGGAUUUGGAGGCUUCGGCUCCAAUACAAACACCAACACCAACACUGGUUUCGGUGGCUUUGGCAGCACCAACAACACCAGUAACACAACCGCGAACACAGGUGCUUUUGGCUCCACGCCCAACACCUUUGGUGCCACCAACACCACUACUGGUGGCGGCCUCUUUGGCGGUUCUAGCAGCAACACUGGAGGUGGCUUCGGCUCUGCUUCAGGCGGAUUCGGCUCCAACACCUCUGGAGCCUUCGGCGCCGCGGCGAACAAGCCUGCUUUUGGUACCACAGCGUCCGCCGGUGGUGGCUUAUUCGGCUCCAGCAACCCGGCCUCUACAUCAGGUACUGGCUUUGGAGGCGGCUUCGGCAGCACCCCCGCCGCGCCCACGACGACGAGUGCUUUCGGUAGCAACGCCAACAGCGGCGGGCUUUUUGGCAACGCUGCAAACAAGCCCGCUUUCGGGACGUCUGCAACUGGAAGCACUGGUGGCCUUUUUGGCGGCGGUGGCACCACAAACACAUUUGGAAACACGGGCAGCGCAUUCAAUGCUCCUGCAAGUACAGCUUUGGGAGGUCCUGUUGGUGAUGCCCCUGGAACUGCAACCACACCAUUCACGCCUACAAUAGAAAAAGAGUCUGCCGCUAGUCUCGCGCAGAACUCGUUUCAGAACGUUCUCUUCCAGGAACCCUACAAGAAGUUCUCUGCCGAAGAACUGCGACUUGCCGACUACGCACAGAACCGUCGCUUUGGUAGUGGUGCCGGUCCCAGCUUCGGAGGCGGCUUUGGAGGUGGUUUUGGCGCCAACACGAACACCAACGCCAACACAACCACAAGCGCCUUCGGUUCGACCAACAACGCCACUUCUGGUGGUGGAUUGUUUGGAUCGAGCAACACUGGCUCGACAGGCUUCGGCUCGAAUACCGCCAACACCGGCUUCGGCUCCAGCACUUCCGGAGGAGGACUCUUUGGGGCCAAACCUGCGGCGACCGGUGGACUGUUCGGUGGUGGUGCGGCAAACGCGGCUGCACCACCUUCUGGCGGGCUUUUCGGCUCUGCUGGGAACACCGGCUCAACUGGCUUCGGUACGAACACCGGCGCUACUAGCAGUGCCUUUGGCACAAACAACGCGGCUGGGGGCGGACUGUUCGGUGCUCAAGCCGCCAAACCCGCCGGGACCGGCUUCAGUUUCGGCACCAACACGGCCAAUAAUCCAGCUACUGGCGGUGGUGGGCUCUUUGGCAACACCCAGCAGCAGCAGCAGCCUCAACAGCAGCAGCAACAGCAGAGCACCGGCUUCGGAGCUAGCAACACAGCCGGGGGUGGGCUCUUUGGCAACACCCAGCAAGCCGCCACAAACACUGGUGGGGGCUUUUCGGCGGCAACAACCAACAGCAGCAGCAACAAAGCACUGGGUUUGUCAUCCGGUGGUGGAUUGUUCGGCAACCAGCAGCAAGCCAAGCCAGGCGGUUUGUUCGGCAGCAGCACUGCCGGCAACACGGGAGGUGGUCUUUUCGGAAACAAUACCGCAGGUACUCAAAACAAUGCUUUCGGCACAAACAACCAGCAAGCUGGAGGACUCUUCGGCAACAAGCCGGCCGGCACAACUGGUGGCGGUAUCUUUGGUAACAGCACCAGCACCCCGGCCAACAACCAAGGAGGUGGCUUGUUUGGCGGGCAACAACAGACACAGAACCAGCCUGGUGGAGGUCUCUUCGGUGGUCUGAACAACUCUACCCAGAACAAACCCGGCGGCCUGUUCGGUCAAAGCACUCAGUCAACCGGUGGUGGUUUGUUUGGUGGUCAGAAUAAUGCACAGCAGGGAAGUAGCUUGUUCGGAAACUCUACCAACCAACAACCACAAAACACUUUGGGUAACUCCAUCUUCAGCAAUUCAAUGAACAACCAGCAAGGUCAACAAACAUUGACUGCUAGUGUCAAUGAUCCUUCCGCCUACGGUACAGGAUCUCUCUUUGGCAAUCUCGCUGCUCCCAGCAACGAUCCUGGUCCUCUUGCCACACCUCUCUCAAGCAAGAAGCCGGCUAGGAAGCCAUCUAUCCUACCCAUGUACAAGCUGAACCCGGCUUCCGCUUCUCGCAUGGCCACACCACAAAAGCGAGGCUUUGGUUUUUCGUACAGCACGUAUGGCACACCCAACAGCCCGUCCAGCGCUGCUAGUACUCCUGGUGGUUUGUCGCAAAGUCUCAUAGGUGGCAGCAGUCUGGGUCGAAGUCUCGGCAAAAGCGUCUCCGUUAGCAACCUUCGUCGCAGCUUCAACGUUGAGGACAGUCUGCUGGCUCCUGGCGCGUUCUCCGCCAGCACCGGCCCACGAUACACGGGUGGCAACGUCAAGAAACUUGUCAUCAAUCGUGAGCUGCGGAGCGAUCUGUUCUCCACCCCUACAAAGGUACCGGAUGAGACUACGAACGGCUCUCGCAAGCUCAGUAAGCGCGUGAGCUUCGACACUGAUGUUCACGAGGCGCCAAAGGCCAUUGAUGGCCCGAGUGCUUCAGGCAACUCGACACCGAGCGCGGAAGAACUUGGCUACAUCCGUCCUCAGACGAAUGGGACAAACGGAUCCAAAGCAGUCAAUGUCGAAGAGCAGUCCACGAGCCUGACCAUUGUACACGAAGAGGAAAUCGCCAGCCCAGCAGCACCGAGCCCGUCGGCUACCGCUGCCGACAAGGAACUUGGCGAAUACUGGAUGGAACCCAGCAAGGAGGAGAUCCAAGCCAUGAACAGAGUUCAGCGCCAGAAGGUCUCGAACUUCAAGGUCGGCCGGAAGAAUUCUGGAUGGGUCAUGUUCAAAGUGCCUGUCGACCUCACGCAAAUUGAUAUUGACAAUCUGUACGACAACAUCAUCGUCCUCGAUAUUCGGUCUUGCACAGUCUACCCGAACCCUGCCAAGAAGCCACAGGUCGGAAAGGGACUGAACGUCCCCUCACUCAUCAACCUGGAGAACUCUUGGCCACGUGCAGCUAAGACCCGCGGCAAGGCUGCUGCCUCAUUGAAGAAGCACAUCGAUCGCUUGUCGCGUAUCGAAAACACUCACUUCGAAAGUUACAACGAGUCGACUGGUGAAUGGACCUUUUCCGUGGACCAUUUCACUAGGUAUGGCUUGGACUAUGACGACGAAGAUGACGAGGACUUCGAAGCCGAUCCAUCCAUGGAUACAGCAGAACCUCCAAGGCAUGACUCCGCGUCCCCGUCACCUUCGGCACAUCCUGACUUUGACCAGGACGAUAUCACCUUCGACUUCCGACGCAGCCAACAUUCAUUGCCGGGUGCAUUCGACGCAGCCGAGCGCCAAGACGACGAGGAGAGUGUAGAAGAAAUGGCGGAAGUCGAUGGUGCUCGGUCGUCUUUUUUAGGUAGUCGCUCCGUGGGUUCUACUUCCAGAGCUCUUGUGCCUGUUGCACAAGACGAGAUGGAUGAAGAAUAUGGAUCGUUUGAGGAACAGGAUGCGAGUGCUGACCUUGGACGCCAUCAUGCCGCGGAGCAGGAUGAGGACUCGUUUGCUGCUAGCCAGAUGGAGUUUGUUGCAGAGACGCCUGCCGGGAUCAUGAGAGCUCGGAUGCGCGCCAUAAAAGGUUCCGCUACCCCGGCCAAAGUCACAGUGACUGCUGGCGACGACUGGAUGGAUAUGUUGCAGAAGACUGUCAGUCCCCAGAAAAGGGAUCGAGCUCGGCUCAAGGAGAACCAAGAAGCCGACAACUACCGGAUGAAGGACAGCAUACAACUGCAAUCACCCACCAAGAAGCGAGUUGUAUCGGACAGUCGUGGAUUUGCUACUAGCAUUGACUUGAUGAAAUCGAUUUUCGAUCAUGCCAAGACUCCGGUUGAGAAACCUCAACCCGCUGUUCGACCAGGAAAUGUAAAGUGGCCCUACAAGAGGAUGACAAAAGCUCUCGACGAAAAUGACUUGGACGAGAAGGAGAGAACCUGGCACGACACACUCCGCCCUACAUGGGGUCCCAACGGCACUUUAGUCUUUGCCGCAAAUCCCCAGGCGACCCCGUUCGGCAGAUCUGGUCGCAUCACCGAGAAGAAUGGCCUGAUGACAGUCACCAAGAAUAACUUCAACUUUGAAUCUCAGGACAUCCGGAUUGCAAGAUUCUCCAAUGAAAUGUCUGCGAAAGCAAUCCGCGCCCACACCGAACUUUCCCAGAUCUACCUGGAUAAUGGCGUACCUACCGUACAGGGUCCUAGGGUCAGCCUGAAGGAAUUCGCCACAGACACAGGUGCCAAAAACCCCGCUGCCGACCACGAAAAGCUUGUCUGGGAGCUUGCCAGCACGCUUUUUGAUAACGUCAAGAUCCCUGCCGAGCUUCAGAAUCGCCCGGAUGCCGCCGAGAGGAUUCGACGCGAAUCUCUUUCUCGCUUUUGGGAAAGCAUGGUCGAAGCUGAGUCCAACAAGGGUAUUUCCAUGGCCGGCACCAGCGAGGAGAAGGCCCUUGCUGCAUUAUCCGGUCACCGUGUUGCCGAAGCUUGUAAGCACCUCCUGGAUGGCAAAAAUUUCCGCCUGGCUACUCUGGUUGCCUUGAUUGGCACGGGGGACAGCGUCAAGCGGGACAUGCGAGAACAGAUUAGAGAGUGGCAGUCUGGCAGCAUACUUUCGGAAUUCUCAGAACCUAUCCGGGCGCUAUAUGAGAUGCUUAGCGGGAACGUAUGCGUUUGCGAAGGCACGAAAAGUGGCCCUUCAGAGAACCGCGCCGACUCAUUCAUCAUCUCAAACAAGUUCGGUCUCAACUGGAAGCAAGCCUUCGGUCUCCGUCUCUGGUAUGCCAGCUCUUCCGAGGAUGCGAUCGCGGAUGCAGUUGAGAAAUUCAAGGAAGACUACGAACAAGACAGGGAACAGCAUCCUUCAGCGUGGUUCGUCGAACAAGGCAUCGGCAGCAUCUGGGAUGACCCUAAGGAGGCCGACCGGGAGGACCUACUCUGGGGUCUCUUGCAGCUUUAUUCUAACAAGCAUGCUGACCUCGAGUCAAUUCUGCGACCCGAGAACUCGCAGCUCUCUCCUCUCGACUACCGUCUGACAUGGCAGCUUGGCCAGGCCCUGGCGGCAACCGGGAAGGCUUCUUUCGGGAACAACGCGACUGAAAAGUCGGACGCCGCUACCAUCUCUUUUGCCUCACAGCUCACGAAUGAGGGUAGCUGGGUGGAGGCUGCAUUUGUUACUUUACACUUGGCUGACCCGGACGCCCGAUCAAAGGCUAUCCAAGAACAUCUGUGCCGCCAUGCUGGCCUGAUUGGCGACGAGCAAUCUGAGAGUUUCAGGGAGCUGACCGACAAGCUGAAGAUCCCGAGUCGAUGGAUCUGGCAUGCAAAGGCUCUCUACAUGCGUAGCGUCAAGAAGGAUGCCGCUGGAGAAGUUCAAUGUCUUCUACGCUCGGAGUCAUUCGCCGAGGCUCAUCAGACUUUCAUCAAGGAAGUCGCCCCUGUUGCCGUCAUUGAACGCGAUUAUAAUGCUCUCGCGGACUUGCUCCAACAAUUCGAUGGCCGCCAGUCACAAGUGGCCGACUGGAAUCUUGGCGGUGAAGUCUACAAAGCAUUCCUUCAGCUGGUGGGAUUCCAACGCCGUCACGAACAGCCACCUCUGGCUCUCAUCAGUGGCUUAUUGGAAGGUCUGCCCGCGAUGCAUGGCAACACACCUGAAGCUGGCAUUGUGGAAUAUGCGGCUUUGACGGACAUGGCCGAAGUGGUUGCCAAGGUGGUUAGCGACUUGGCCAAGAGCGGAAAGAUGGAUCAUCAGCGAAUUCUCAAGCUGCCGCUUACUGAGGACGUCCUGCUCCGCCACAGCCGCGAUCUUGCUUGGUCACAUUACCACAAUGUCAUGGCCGGGCACUAA